CACCGAUCGUCCCAAGAACACAAGGUCACGAGCUGCUCACUCGAUACCGCACUUCAGCCAGCUGCAGCUUAAUUAAGCUCAGCGAGAGUUGCAAUGACGACAAUGCAAGCCCCAGCGGCAUCUUCCAAGAUGGUGCUCGUGAUGUUCCUGCUCGCCUUGGACUUGGCGGGGGCAGCCGCCGACAGUAGCCGGAGGAGGCUCGUCUCCAGCAGCUCCGACGAGCCGUGCAAGCAGAUGACGCUCUACCUCCACGACAUCCUCUACAACGGCACCUUCUUCGGCAUGCUGGUGGUGUUCGACGACCUGGUCACGGAGGGGACAGCGCUACCGGUCGGGGACGAGGAGCCGGCGGCGCGCGCGCAGGGUUUCUACUUCUACGACAAGAAAGAAUCGUACAACGCAUGGUUCACCUUCUCCCUCGUGUUCGACUCCAAGGCGUACAAGGGCACCCUCAACCUCAUGGGCGCCGACCUCAUGGACGACGAGACGCGCGACCUCUCCGUCGUCGGCGGCACCGGUGACUUCUUCAUGGCGCGCGGCAUCGCCACCAUCCGCACCGACGCCACCGAGGGCUACUUCUACUUCCGCCUCAAGAUGGACAUCAAGCUCUACGAGUGCUACUUCUGAUCUGAUAAGUUAUCAAGAUGGUUUAUAAAUCGCACGCACGCGUGUGCCGAUAAGGAUCAAGGAGUGAUGUUGGUGCUGUUGUUUUUCUUUGUGUGAUGAGUUGCAUGCAUGGGCAUGUGAAUUUUGUGCCAUUCCUGUAUGUUUCACGCCCACAAGAGUUUUAAUCGUAUGAUGUUUUAUUCUGCUUAUUUAUGGAAAAUCUAUUUAUACAUUUACA